AUGGAGUAUGAACGUCUAUCGAAGGCUGCUCUCUUGUCAGUAACAAACACCCUUACUUCUCAAAGCGAGGCGUUGUCCCAUUUGGAAAAACUUUACAGAACAUCAAACUAUGUCCAACUCAACUUGCUCAACUCAUUGGAGUUGAUGCUUCAAACCACGUUGAAGGGUGGGAAGUUGGUCAUAUGUGGCAUUGGAAAGAGCCUCAAAAUAGGAAACAAAAUGGUGGCGACGCUCAACUCGCUUUCAAUCCAGGCUUCUUCUCUUCAUCCGUCAGAAGCGUUGCAUGGGGACCUCGGAAUAAUACGUGAUUGUGACUGUUUAAUCUUCAUAACUGCUAGUGGAAACACCCCAGAACUCAUCAAUUUGUUGCCCCAUAUACCGAAAUCCGUGCCUAUAAUCCUUUUGACAUGCAGUAAGUCGUCCAAAUUGUCGCUGUCACCGCAGGUCAAAUCGUUGCUCUACGCAGAAUUACCUUCCCACUUGAACGAAGAAGCUAUCCAUGGGUUGCCUGCACCCACCGUUUCGACCACAUUGUCGUUAGCUCUCGCCGAUGCAACUGUGUUGGCUCUCUCUGAAAUAUUGGAAGACGAUUUGCUCAAGCGCAAAAAGUUGUUUUCCAUUAAACACCCGGGUGGUGCAAUUGGAGCCAGUUUGUCCCAUUUAAACGAGUUCUUCCAGGCCGAGGGCCAGCAAAGAGAGGCGGUUUCGUCAACGGUGAGCUCAUCCUCGUUGCUAAGUCUUAAUCAAAUCCUGAAGAGCUUGCGUUUUUCCGAUCGUGAUGGGAGCGCAAACUUCACCAUUGCAUCUUCCAACUCUUCUGAUGACGGUACUUGGGAUCAGGAUGGACUAGCUCGAUCCGUCAAAAAACAAGACUGCUCCAAAAUAACUACACUCACCGAUAUUGAAAUCUUGACAAUUUCGGAGAGCCGUCUACUAAAGACAAUUACAUUAUUUGACUUCAUCGUCAAAAAAGGACCCACUUCAAUGGUGAUAAGUUCACCAGAAGUAAAGAAAUUGUAUCUGGAACACUUCGCCCAAGUGGAAGAAAUCUCGUCCGACUUGUGGACUACCUUCACCAAACAAUUGGGUGAAUCUUUUCACCCGUUGGAUAUAUGA